AUGUUCUCCACCACACGACAAGCGACGGCUCUGGCGCUGCGCGCCAAACCAAUGACCGCCGUACAGCCCUUCCGUGUCGCCAAUGUUGCCUUCAUAUCCUCGACCCCGAAGAACCCAGCAGAGCCAGCAAUGCAGAGACCAGGUCUUGUGCGAGGGGCACCAGGCACACCCCCUCCAAUGAAGCAGGGAAUGCCAGAAUCAGUACCAUUACCGAGUCAAGAAGGCACAAAGGGUGUGAUGCAAUACGCGCUGUACGUUCAAGAUAUGGAGUGGGAUGGGUCGGACUAG